AUGCCUAUCCCCCAACCCCACGGUGGUAACCUUAAUGAUCUCGUUAUCCGCGACGCAGCCAUCAAAUCCGACUUAUUGAAGGAGGUUGCAACUCUUCCUUCGUUGGUGUUGACAGAUCGUCAGUUGUGUGAUUUGGAGUUGAUUCUCAACGGUGGAUUCUCUCCAUUGGCAGGCUUUUUGAACGAGGAGGACUACAACUCUGUGGUCUCCGACUUGAGAUUGUCCUCAGUCAAGGGUGCAAAUGGUAAGGGCUUGGUUUGGCCUAUCCCAAUCACCCUCGAUGUGGACCAGUCCACCGCCUCCAAAUACUCCACUGGUACUAGGGUCGCUCUUUUGGACUUGAGAGAUGAAACUCCAUUGGCUAUCUUGACAGUGGAAUCCAUCUACAAGCCAAACAAACAGCUUGAAGCUGAGAAGGUGUUCAGAGGUGACCCGGAGCACCCUGCCAACAGAUACUUGUUCGAGCAGGCUGGUGAUGUUUACAUUGGAGGCUCUCUCCAGGGUUUGAACUACCCCAAGCACUACGACUAUGUGGAGUUCAGAAAGACACCCACUGAGUUAAGAAAGGAGUUUGGCAACCUCGAAUGGAACGAUAAGAACAUCGUGGCAUUCCAGACCAGAAACCCUAUGCACAGAGCCCAUCGUGAAUUGACCAUUAGAGCUGCUAAUGAUAUUGGUGACAAGGGACGGAUCUUGAUCCACCCAGUGGUUGGUUUGACUAAGCCAGGUGACAUUGACCAUCACACCAGGGUCAAGGUCUACCAGCAAAUCUUGAAGAAGUUCCCUGACGGCUUGGCCACCUUGUCGUUGUUGCCAUUGGCCAUGAGAAUGGGUGGUGACCGUGAGGCCUUGUGGCACGCGUUGAUCAGAACCAACUACGGUGUUGAUCACUUCAUUGUUGGAAGAGACCAUGCUGGUCCGGGUAAAAACUCCCAGGGUGUUGAUUUCUACGGCCCAUACGAUGCUCAAGACUUGUUGGCUAAUUACGAAGACGAACUCACCAUCAAGAUCGUCCCAUUCAGAAUGGUCACCUACUUGCCCGAGGAAGACAGAUACGCUCCAAUUGACACUAUCGACCUCAACAAGGUCAAGACCGCCAAUAUUUCUGGUACCGAAUUAAGAAAUAAGUUGAAGACCGGGGAUGAUAUUCCUGAAUGGUUCUCGUACCCAGAAGUUGUCAAGAUUUUGCGUGACACCAACCCUCCAAGAUCCUCUCAAGGUUUCGUCGUACUCAUCGACAGCAAUGAUAAGUUGGGCGAGUACUUGGGAUAUGCCUUGCAAUCGAGUUUGAACCAAUUUGAUGGCAAACGUAGAAUCACCAAGUUGACCGAUGACAUUUCUCCAUUUGUGGUCAACGAAUUGGUUCUUGCGGGCUCUGGUGUCAUCUUGCCAACCAAGUCUGCCGAAGUGACCCAAAAAAUCACCAGCACUGUUGGUAAGGGUAACACCAUUAUCGUGAAGUCCAGUGGUGAUUUCGGUGAGAAUGAAUUCAAUUUGGUUGAAGAUUUGAAAGAAGUCAUUGGCCAGGUUGUGGAGCAUUUGAAGCAACAAGGCUUCUAUUAG